GUUACAAAUAUUGUUUUUCUAUUGAGAUUGUAUGGUGUAAUAUUAUAAUUAUGCGGAUAUAAUUUUAUUUUACAUGUAUAGAAUUUAGCUCAUAGAAUAAAACUACGUUAAAUUUAAACGAUUUUGACCGUAUCGAUAGACUCGAAAUUCAUGUAAAUAGAACUGUUAAAAUAGUAAGAAAGGAAUAUCGUGAAAAACACACGCGUUUAUCAUAGCAUUGUCAGUCGUUGUCGAAAGGUAAACGAGGGAACCUGGACAAUAUGUACGAUUAGCGACAGCAAUGUAAAAUUGACUACUGUUUGUGAAAAAACAUUAAAACUAUUUUCAAUUAACUCAAUUUAAUCUCAACGCUAUUAACAAAAACAUUGCAUAAAUAUUAUAUUAUAUUAUUACACAUAAUUCAGAGAAGAAAUUCACAUUGACUUUGAUCUUAUACAAUCCACGUAGAAUUAUAGUGCACUUAUAGAAAAAUUCGAAAUAUUGAUUAGAUUUCUACGUUGAUUCUAGUAUUGUUUUUAAGAGAAUCAUCCAUUUAAUUGGUAAUGCAGAUUUCUCUUGGCUUAUCCACGUGAAAAGAGCGGGAAUUCCAUCUACUUAUCAUCCGGUCUGAUAAUCGCAAUUUUAUAUCAAACUUUUGAAAUACGCCAGGUAAUGCUGAUAUAUUAUCUGCAUCAUCUCAACAAAACUUUAUCAAUCGUUACAAAUGUAAUCAUUUAGUAUUUGUCCAUGAUAUGUGCUUGUGGUGAAAACAUCAUGAAGAAGCUAUACUUCGCUGCUGUAGCAGGUGUGUUAGCAGGAUAUGUUAACAUAACUAAAUAGAAAAUAUGCUUUGUUGCUUUCGUUGACUGGACAAGCAAAAAUUUUCUGUGUCCAUUCGUGACCUGUGCUAAAAACGUUUAUGUAAUAGGAGUACAAGAAUGUUAUGAAAUCUAGGUAUGAUGUCAGUUGGCAUGUUUCUCGGUUGGGCAUCGCCAUCUUUGCCUUUACUAUUAAAUGGUGAUAAUGACGGAUAUCCCGUGCGUUUAAACAUGGAAGAAGCCUCUUGGGUGGUUUCCUUAUUCAUUCUCGCUUCCUGUGUGGGUUGCGUUAUUUCUGCAUUGAUGGUGAAUAUCAUUGGCCGGAAGUACACUAUGUUAUUUACAGCUGUGCCCUCGGUAAUCAGCUGGUUAAUGAUAGUCUUCGCAACAACAUUAUGGGAAAUACACGUUUCGAGGUUUAUAUCCGGAAUAGCUGUGGGCAUUGUUUUUACAGCCACGCCAAUGUAUUCAGGCGAGAUUUCGCCAGCAGAUGUUCGUGGCAUUGUGGGAUCUAUGUUGUCGGUCGCUGUAAACCUCGGCAUUUCAAUUGAGUUCAUGAUAGGCCCGUUUUUGUCGGUGAGAAAUCUCGCCCUCGUCUCUUUGGCGGGACCGUGCUUGUUUGUGAUCACUUUCAUCUGGUUGCCGGAAUCUCCGUACUAUUUCAUACGUCGCGAUGACAAACAGAAAGCCAUAAACUCUCUUGUUCAAUUGAGAGGCAAAAAGGAUGUUUACAAGGAAGCAGACAGUAUCGAGCAAUCUGUAAAAGCUGAUUUGGCUAAUAAAGCUAGUUUCCGUGAACUUCUAUUUAUACCAGGAAAUCGUAGAGCCCUAGCAACGGUCCUGAGUGUGGGUUUGAUUCAACAGUUGAGCGGCAAUCAAGCCGUGUUACAGUACGCUCAAAUAAUUUUCGAUCAAGCAAACGGUAACGUGGAGAGCAAGUAUUUGACUAUGAUACUGGGUGCUGUGCAGUUAAUCUGUACUGUUGUCUGCAUGAUGAUCACCGAUCGUAGCGGCAGGAAAUUAUUGCUCAUGGUCUCCGCCAUCGGUUCAGCAUGCUCCACCGCCAUGGUUGCAGCAUAUUUUCAUCUUCAAUACAAUCACGCAGAUAUCAGCAAUAUAACGUGGUUACCUGCCACCGGCGUGAUCCUAUACGUGAUUAUGUAUGGUCUGGGUUUGGCAGUGUUACCACUCACCAUGGCCAGCGAAUUGUUCUCCACAAACGUAAAGGCCCUCGGCACAAUGUCAUGCAUAAUGGUAUUCAAUAUCGUAGCCUUUGGAGUGGCGAAAUUGUAUCCGGUUAUAAGCGAAAGUGCUGGUGUACAAACGCCGUUCUGGAUAUUCACCGCGUGCAGCCUCGUUGGUGCUGUAUUCACGUAUUUUUACGUACUUGAAACUAAAGGCAAGACUCUAGAACAGAUACAGGAGGAAUUGCAUGGCUCAUCAAAACAGAAAGUCAAAAAUGAAAUACAUCCAAGCGUUGAUUUUGGUUCGACGCAUAUUUAAAGGAUAUUUACGAAUUGUUCGCCUUUAAUCAAAGAAAGCCUUUCGGUUUAUACUUGCUGUAAUUACCUCACUUGAAGUGAUCUGCGCCUUUUAUUUGUAUUAUUACUAAAUGUAGAGUUGGGUAAGUUAGUCUAUUUUUUUAACUAAAUUAAGUUAACGUUAACGUUGCCUUAUAAAAUUAAUUUAGUUAUAUGAUUAUUUACAAAAACGUAACUAGAUAAAAGUUACAUUAAGAUUAAAUUAACUUUAAUUAAAAGUAAUUUUGAAAAAUAAUGUUUAUAUUAAAUUAGAAAUUGAUAAGUUUUUAAGUUAGUUUUGUCUAAACAAUUAUAAUAUGGAUCAUCAAAUAAAUGUAAUAUUUUAUUUAUAAAUCAAAUUUAUACAUAAAUUAACAAAAUUUAUUGUAUCUCACAAAUAAUUGUCUCAUAUAGAUAUGGCUUCUUUCCGUUUGAGAAUUUAUGAUGUUUGCGGCUUAAAUAUUAUUAUUUAAUAUGCUAUUUAAAACUCUUACUGUCUGUUGUCAAAAUAGUUAAUAGGUUUGUCUAGCUGAAGUAGAUUAAUUGUAAAUAUACUCAACACGUACGUAUGUGUUAUGAUAUUUGUUAGUAAUAAAUCCUUAUUUAUAUAUAUAAUUACACGAUUUAUUAAUUUGUUUGUAAUUGGUUAUUUGUUUUUAUUAAGAAAGAUAUUGUUCUUUAUGUAACAAUGUAUUUCUGCUUUUAUAACUUUUUUCUUUUACAUAGUCAAAUUUUUAA